AUGCUAAAACAGAGCAGGAAGAGGAGCGGGUUCUGGGGCUACAAGCCCUGGAGCACACCAGACAGAGAGGAGGUGCCUGGCACCUGGAGCAGCCAACACCACAGGAGCAUCUGCUCCAUAGGAUCCCGCGGCUCCCAGGCCAACAUUACAGCCUGGAUCGAAGGCAACUACAACUACUACAUUGAGGAGGACGAGGAUGGUGGGGAGGAGGGAGAAGAGUGGAAGGAUGAUUUUGCCGAGGAGGACCAGCAGCCGGAGGAGGUCACUGCAGCCCCACUGGAUGGUUACACUGACACUGCAACCCAGCUGUCCACGCUGAAGGUGAAUGUGGGCGGCCACAGCUACCAGCUGGACUACUGCGAGGUGGCCAACUACCCCAAAACGCGCCUGGGCCGCCUGGCCACCUCCACUAGUCGCAGCCGCCAGCUGGGCCUGUACGAUGACUACGAGGCACAGAGUGAUGAGUAUUUCUUUGACCGUGACCCUGUGGUCUUCCAGCUCAUCUAUAACUUCUACACGUCCGGGGUGCUUCUGGUGCUUGAUGGGCUGUGUCCCCACUGCUUCUUGGAGGAGCUGGACUACUGGGGCGUGCGGCUCAAGUACACACCCCGCUGCUGUGGCAUCUGCUUCGAGGAGCAAAGGGAUGAGCUGAACGAGCAGCUCAAGAUCCAGCGCGAGCUGCGUGCACAGGCACAGGCAGAGGAGGCCGAGGAGCUCUUCCAGGACAUGCGCUUCUACCGGCCGCAGCGCAGACGCCUCUGGAACCUCAUGGAAAAGCCCUUUUCCUCGGUGGCCGCCAAGGCCAUGGGGGUGGCCUCCAAUCUCUUUGUGCUCAUCUCCGUGGUGGCCCUGGCGCUCGACACGGUGGAGGAGAUGCACCACGAGGCGGAGCAGGUCGGUGGGGACCCGGGGCCCAUCCUGGAGCACGUGGAGAUGCUGAGCAUGGCCUUCUUCACGCUCGAGUUCUUGCUGCGCCUGGCCUCCACCCCUAACCUACUACGCUUCGCUCGCAGCGCCCUCAACCUAGUGGACCUGGUGGCUAUUCUGCCCUUCUAUCUGCAGCUGCUGCUUGAGUGCUUCACAAGUGAAGACCAGAAGCAUGGCAAGGGCUCCCGGAUGGAGCACGACCUGGAGACCGUGGGCCGCGUGGGCAAGGUGGGCCAGGUGCUGCGUAUCAUGCGCUUCAUGCGCAUCUUCCGCAUCCUCAAACUGGCGCGCCACUCCACCGGGCUGCGGGCGUUUGGCUUCACGCUUUGCCAGUGCUACCACGAGGUGGGCUGCCUGAUGCUCUUCAUCACGAUGGCCAUCUUUUCCUUCUCCGCAGCGGUCUACUCUGUGGAGCACGACGUACCUGGCACCAACUUCACCAGCAUCCUUCAUGCCUGGUGGUGGGCCACGGUGAGCAUCUCCACUGUGGGCUAUGGAGACAUGUACCCACAGACCCACCUGGGAAGGCUUUUUGCCUUUCUUUGCAUCGCUUUUGGGAUCAUUCUCAAUGGGAUGCCCAUUUCCAUCCUCUACAACAAGUUCUCCGAUUACUACAGCAAGCUCAAAGCUUACGAGUACACCGCCAUCCGCAGGGAGCGGGGAAAGGUGAACUUUAUGCAGCGAGCCAGAAAGAAGAUGGCUGAAUGCUUAGCUGGAAGCAUCACACAGCCCACCACACAACAAGAGAAUUAA